ACCCAGUUGUUCGUGAAGCGGAAGUCGAUAGGACUCGGAGUAAAACUUGUGAAAUAUGUAAAGAAAUCGAAUAAUCCAUCGGAACUAAAAUCUUUCGCGAUGCAUUCAGUUUUGUCUUAAUAAUUUUAAUUGGCAUUUGUGAAUCGGAGAACGAUCUGCAGGCGGCAAUGGAUAAGAACGAGUACGUGAAGCGGUGGUUGUGGCAUGCGUUCAAUGGAUUGGACUGUGAUGGGACAGUUGAUCCACAGCAACUUAAGGUGCUGACAGCCCACCUGGGUGCCUCGUUGGGUUCAGAGAACAAAGGCAACAUUGCCCACAAGGUUGGGGAGAAGUACCGCUGUGAGAGCGCCUUGGCCGUCUGCUUCAGCAACUACCUGGACUUCUUGGAGGAGCAGGGAUUCCUCAACAACGACAAGGUGGACCUGGACAAGCUGGAGGAGACCCUGUGGGUGCUGUGCCUGAAGGAUUACCAGAAACGUGACCCCCAGAUGGUGGCCAACCCAGAGCUCAAGAAAUUGUGGCGGCUCUUCAACUUCCUGGCUGAGCCCGACAGUUUCCCCGUGGCCAUUGACCGGGAGGAGAUGCAGCUGCUGACCGAGAAGCUUGUCAUUGCCAUGGGCAUGAAGUGGGACCUGGCCCACUUCGACCACGUGACCAAGAACCUCAAGCUCUUCACCUUCACCAAGAUGAUGGUCUGCUUCGAGUCGGCCUUCGCCAAGGACAUGGACCAGAUGUGCAUCGCUGAGGCCGUGAUGGAGGUGUACGAUGAGAUCAUUGAAGAAGUUGAGAAAAAGGGCUUUCUGUUCAAGAAGGGUCACUUGAUGAAGAGCUGGAAGGAGCGUUGGUUUGUCUUGAAGCCAGGCUGUCUGUCGUACUACACCGGUCGGAAUGAGAAGGACAAGAAGGGAGAUAUCCGCAUGCGAGCAUCUUGGAAGGCAGAGAUCAUUGAUGACCAGAAGAGUUACAAAAACUGCUUUGCUAUUUGGACGGACGACAAGAGUGACAAGGACAAAACAAGAUAUGAGCUGAGUGCAUCCGACCCACGAACCCGACAAGCCUGGAUGAUAGCGUUGAGAGGUAUCAUCCAUCGGGAACAGACCAAGGGGCUCGGACAGUACGGCAAACUCCUGGAGAGGCGAGAACGGAGGAGGAAAGAAAGACUAGAAGAAGAAGAGCAGAAGAGACUGGAAGAGGAGACCAAGAGGAAGAGGGAGGCGGAGCUUCGAGAGGAGAGGAGGAGGCAAGAGGAGGCAGCGGAGAGAGCAGCCCAGGAGUUGGCAGUCACCAAGGCCAAGGAAGAGGAAGAGAGGAGACGACGGCGGGAGGAGAAGGAGGCCAGAGAGAAAGCAGAGGCGGAGUGGAAGGCGGCCAAUGAAGCUUUUUUGGAGACGAAGGAGAGACUGAAGGCAGAAGAGGAGCUCCGAAGAGCCAAGGAAGAGGAGGAGAGACUGAGGAGGCAACAAGAGGAGGCAGAGAGGGAACGCAUCUCUAGGGAACGAGAUGAAAUCAAGAGGGCCCUGGAGGAUGCCAGCAAGCGAGCGGAUAUGGAGGCCGGUCUGAAGGAGGCAGAGCAGAGACGUCUUGCUGAGUUAGAGGAGACCCUAAGACACCUGCAGAUGUUGUUGGAUGAAGAGAAGCGGGCACGGUUUGAGCAGGAACAAGCACGAGAACUCCAGCAAAGGCUCCUGGAUGAGGAAAUGCAGAGGCGUGAGCACCUGGAGCGACUCAAAGAGGAGCAGGCCCGCCUCCUGGCCCAGGAGCAACAGCGACGGGAGGACCUGGAGGUCAAGAGCGAGGAGCUCAGCAAGGAGUUCAUGAUGCAGGAGGCCAUUUUGGAGGAAGAGCGGACCAGGCUGGCCGAGUUGGAGACCCAGAGACAAGCUGCAGAUGAAAAACUUCAGGCGGCCAUGGAGAAGAUUGAGACAGCCGAGCGGAACCGGAAGAUCAUCCAGAAGAAGAGGGAGGAGCUGAGUAAGACCAAGACGUCGUUGGGUCUGGCCCAGACCAUCAAACCGCAAGCCCGACCCCUCGUGACCCACCGUGGCCUUCCAUCCUCGGCCUUUGCUGCCGUUGAGCCCCAAGAUUUUGAACCUCACCAAGAGCACAACUUGCAGAAUGAAAGCAAUGCUGUGAACGGCCAGACGGAUGCCAACGGUCAUUUAUAAGCACAUCCUUUGUUGGAGCGACCAGUCUCAGCCAAACUGUUUUCCAUUAAGUUGACUUCUUUCUGUCCUUCAUUUAUGAACGGAGUCACGAUUGUGACAAGUAACAAAAUUCACUGGCCUUAGUAAAGCAAGCCUGGUAUAACAAUCGCAGUAUGAUUUACAUGCCUACAGUUCUCACCAUUGCCAGGUAAAGUUAUUAAUAAGCCUUUCGCGAGUUAAAUUUAAAUAAAAUCUGGUACACUGAGAGUUCUUUAAAUUCGUCUGAAUAUAACAAUUUGAAUUUUCCAUACUAAAGACACUGUUGCUAUACCUUGUGAUUUGGGGCAAGCUUUUCCUUAGUUACAUUAGAGAGGCCUUGCCUCAAUAUACGUUUUUCAAUGGAUAAGAAGGGCACAAAGGAACCAGUCCAUUCCAGAGAUGUUGGUCGCCAUGCAAAUAUUUGCCCCGAAUCAUGAGGUAUAGCAACAGUGUCUUUAGUCUUUAUUCAAAUUUAACUUGCAAAAGGCUUACUGAACAAAACAAAUUAUUGCAUAACAGAUCACAGUAUGCAGUUGCUUCGAGAUAUCCAUGCGAUUCAAGUACAAGUAGACAAUACACUCGUCAGUGCCAUACGAGAGCCCAUGGAGGGGGUUGGCUCAGAUCCAUUUGCAAGAAAGUGCGCUUGGGCCAGCACCCUUGGCGUUCUUGCUGCUCACUUUCCUGGUGUUCCGACUCAACCCGAUGAAAGUCACAAUGUCAUUGUUCCCUCCCUGGGCUACCACCAUCCAGGCUGCUUUUCAGCACAGUUUGACUAGAAAACUUAUCCCCUUCCUUACGUUUAUACCCAAGUUCCGGCGCUGUAUUAUGCAAUGGCAACUUGAUUAUUUAGAGAAAAAAAUAAUCAACUCUUAGGUUGGAGAUCGGGAUGAAAGGAGGUUUUUUGUCUGCAGCAAGAGACAGCCAAGCCAAAAAUGAAUUAUUAGUGAGCUGUGGUUAGCUCAUUUCCCGUUUGCGGAUGCCCUCCAAACACUUGAUACUAUGUAUACUUCUGACCGCCUAGCUAAAGUACACCACACCAAAGAUUUCACCUGGCACUUCAGUCAUAUUUCUCAUCUAGAGCUUCCCCGAGUGACAUUGUUGUUACCUGUUGUUACCUUGUGAGAUAGUUGGUGUAAUAUUUGUUGAAGAUGUCUUCCCAUUUGGUGUACCACUCAUCAUGGCUUAUUUGACAAAACUGAACAAUUGAAAACAGAUGAAAUUUUUUCUCUGUAGUUGAAAAUACAAAAUGUGCACCACUUUGGGUUACAAUUUCAUUCACAAGCAAUUGACAUUAUUACUUAGUUACCUUGUCAACCACUUGCAUAGUUUUUAAAUAUACCCGUGAAAUCUUUCAUGAUGGAUGUUAUUUCUACUCCGAAACUGAAAUUUUCACCAUUUAGUACUGUCAAAAAUAUAUAAAUAUUGCAUAUCUUAACUGUCAAGAUCAAAUUUAUGUAAACAUGGUUUGUAAAUGAAUAUUUAGCUUUAGUUUUGUAAUGGAAAUAUUCACAUUUUUCUUUUCUUAUUUUAUGGUUUGGGGUUUGACUUUAAUUGUUGAUGCUGACUUUAUGAAAUGAUAUCGUUACCAAACUGUGAAAAGGCUAUGCUUUUUAAAAUUCGUUUUUAGUCCUAAUUUUUCUUAGAGACUCUGUUCUCAAUCAGUGUGAAAAUAACCGUUUUUACAACUUAUAACAACCAUCUGGUGAUACGUUUGAUAACUUAGUGUAAAGGAAUCAAUAAUUUUGACAUAUUGCUCAAAUUUUCUUAUAUAUUUUUGCACAUGUGACAUCAUUUAUUUUAGAACUGUAUAUGGCAAUUUGUAUGCAAAAGUACUACUUUUUGAUUAAGGGAAUGACUUUGUCUACUUAAAUUUUAUUUUCUCUGCCAUGUUAGUCAAUCUAGAUGUUCUUUUUGUAGUGCUUUGUUAUAAUCUGAAGGAAAAACUGCUUAAAUAGCAUAUUUACUCAGUGGUUUUUUAACAGUUGUGUGUGUUUGUUUGUUUGUUGAGAAACCCUACUUUGAUGUAAAAUCCAGAAGGGAAGCUAAACUUGCAGAGUUUGGCUGCCUUUCCAAAAGUGUGGUUUUGGUUCCAUAUCUGCAUGUGUGUACCACUUUUCACCUCUGUACAAUUUCAGUGAGCACUUCCUGCAAGUUAGGCACACCGACAUGAGGUGCAUUAGCAAUGCAUCAUUUUCAAAAAUGCACUUCAACUCUUCACUCCAAAAUGAAACAAGAAAAAUGUUCUGCAGUGAUGUUGCUGUUUUUCUUACGUUGUUGUGCAACAUGUUGGUCAAUUGUUUGAUCAUUGUUGCCAGUUUUGUUUUGAAUUUUUGUACAGCUUCUAUUCGCUAGAAAUUCCCAGCAAGAAAAAAUACGACAUUCCAGCUGCACUCCAUGUACCCAGCUGUUUAGUGUGUUAAAUGUCCUGACAGUGCUUUUUUGAAAUUAAAAGGGCAUCGUUCUGAGUUCAUGACAAACUGGAAUUGAAUUUAUGAAAAAAGAGUGGUUGGAUUAGCUGAUUUCUCUAGUUAUGCUUUUAUUGUUAUUCAAAAUACUUUCUUUGAAUAAUAAAAAGCUACACCUGAUUAAAAGUAUCCGAUACGCCAAAUAUCUAAUUCUUAAA